CUCCUCCUCUUCUCAGACUCGCCCUGCCGUGUCUGACCGCAGUCUCACUUCCAGCGCGUGAAGUUGCUCCGAGCAGCCUCCGUCCUCGUGAUGGCUUCAGACCCGGACCGGAACCGGCAGCGCGUCCACCAGCUCCUGGAGCGGCCCGGGAACGAGAAGUGCGCAGACUGUGCGGCCGCAGACCCAGAGUGGGCGUCCUACACGCUGGGUGUGUUUGUGUGUCAGAGCUGUUCGGGCCUCCACAGAAACAUUGCACAUAUCAGCAAAGUCAAAUCGCUCCUGCUGGAUCCCUGGAGCGCGUCUGAGUUAGAGUUCAUGGACUCUGUGGGCAACAAUAAAGCCAAAGCCAAGUAUGAACAGAUAGUUCCAGCCUUCUACUACUGUCCCACCUAUAAAGAUUGCAUGCUCCUCCGGGAACAGUGGAUCCGAGCCAAGUACGAGAGGAAGGAGUUCAUGUGUGUGGAGAGGCAGGAGCCCUACUCAGCAGGCUAUAGAGAAGGGUUUCUAUGGAAACGGGGCAGAGACAACGGACAGUACCUCAGCCGAAAAUUUAUUCUGUCCGAACGGGAGGGCGUCCUCAAGUAUUUCAACAAGCAUGAUGCUAAAGAGCCCAAAGCCAUCAUGAAAAUCAGCAGUGUGAACGCCACUUUCCAGCCUGCUAAAAUUGGCACUGCCCACGGCCUGCAGAUAACCUAUUUAAAGGACAACAGCACCAGGAACAUCUUCGUUUACCACGAGGACGGGAAGGAAAUUGUGGACUGGUUUAACGCCAUCAGAGCAGCCAGGUUUCACUACCUACAGGUUGCUUUUCCCGGCUCGCCCAACUCAGAGUUGUUGCCAAAGGUAACCAGGGCGUACAUAAAGGAGGGGUACAUGGAGAAGACGGGCCCUAAGCACACAGAGGUUUUCAAGAAGAGAUGGUUUACGAUGGAUGAGCGGAGACUCAUGUACUUUAAAGACCCGCUGGAUGCCUAUGCACGCGGUGAGGUGUUCAUCGGUUGCAAACAAAACAACUACACCGUGCUCUCCGGCUUUCCCUCCACCGUUCAGGGCAGCCAUUGGCAGUUUGGGAUUACGAUCGUAACUCCAGACAGGAAGUUCCUGUUUGCCUGCGAGACUGAAGAGGACCAGAAGGACUGGAUCGCUGCGUUCGAGGCAGUCAUCAACAGGCCGAUGCUGCCGCGGGAAUACGCAGUGGAGGCAUAUUUCAAGCACAAACCAUGACUGUUGUCGUGCUUGAAGAACUAUAGAAGGAGAAAGAAGAAGUAGAAGACCUUAACGCCUCACUUCAGAAAGAUAUUAGAAGGACCUCAAGGUUGAGACUGCGUUGACCAGUCACUACCAAAAAGCGACUCACCCGAUGUGCCAGGCUCAUUUCACGGAGGGUCAGGUCUCCUCCUGAGCUCAGGAAUGUUUCUGCUAACUCACUCUUCGAGCAAUGAUGUGUCUUCCUGACCUUGAUGGGAGGAAACCAUGCAUGUAUGCAAAGGAACCAAAACCACUGCUGCUCACAUAUAAAGAGAUUUCAAUGUAUUCUCUCAUCAAAAAUACAUUAUAUGCUAUUUAAUUUACCUGGCAUUUUCUACAUCGCGCACAAUUAUGACAAGUCCUGAGUUAUCAAAUGCUCACGCUGUUGCUUGUGUUAUUUUGUGUUUGAGUACAGUAAUAUUUUAUUCAGCAUAUAUAUUUAUUUUUUUAAGUGUGUGAUUUGCUAUUGGCAGCUUCAUGUUGUGCUAUUUAAAGUACAGUAAAAGCUAUUCUUGUACGUGUUAUAGCUGUUUGUUGUAAAAUCUAAGCAUCCAUUAACUUUUAUCUUGUAAAACUGAGGCUCAUAUUCUGAUUCAGCGUUCUUGAUCACACCGUGGAUUUCUGAUCCAGUAGAGGGAGACAUAGUAAAGGUUUUCAACUUUCUGAAUUCAUCGAAUGAUGUGAUACAACUUCUAUAACCAACAGUAAAGCGCUCCAGUUCUCUCAUGGAAACUAAGUGACAGCCAUUGUAAUUUGUAAAAGUCAACAAGAUACUUAUUAAAACAACUGUCAUUAUUUAAGCAGCAGCUGUUUACUUACAAGUGAAAAAUGAUUAGUUCAGCAUUAGGCCUCAUUGCCUCCUGCCAUGGAAUAAAACUGUAAGUGCG